AACAAUAACGGACGGAACGUCCUGCGCUUCCGUUACCCAUGACACCCGAGCGAAGUUCUGACAGCUGAUUCCACAAUCAGUUUAUAUCCCCUCCGGCCCCCCAAAAUAAUCACUAUUGAAGUAAGUUACAGUCGGACGUGACUCCAAUAACCUGCGGCCGGGUUUGCGGGCAUCGCUUUGAACAGAGGAGGGCGGCUCAUUAUGGUGUAGCACGGAGCAGCUCUGAGAAAGCAGCUUUUUGCAGGGCGGCGCAGCACAGCGGCGCAGCCAUGCUCACGUUGGCCAGUAAGCUGAAGAGAGAUGACGGGGGAAAGACGGGCCGUGCCUCCGGAGCCCCCGACUCCACCCACAGGGUCUCCAUCAGGGACCGCCUCCUUACCAAAGAAGUUGCAGAACUUGAAGCCCAUCUCCCAAGUACAUGCAAAGCCAGUUUCCCAGACGAGGACAAGCUGCAUCAUUUUCAGCUGGCAGUGUCUCCUGAUGAGGGUUACUACCAAAGUGGAAGGUUUGAGUUUGAAAUAAACGUCCCCGAAGCCUAUAACAUGGUGCCUCCUAAAGUGAGAUGUUUGACCAGAAUAUGGCAUCCGAACAUCACAGAGACCGGAGAGAUCUGUUUGAGCUUAUUGCGGGAACACUCUAUUGAUGGCACAGGCUGGGCCCCCACUAGAGCUUUAAAGGACGUUGUCUGGGGAUUGAACUCUUUGUUUACCGACUUGUUGAACUUUGAUGACCCUUUGAACAUCGAUGCAGCAGAACAUCAUCUGAAGGACAAGGAGGAUUUUCGGAAAAAGGUCCAAGAUUACAUCAAGCACUACGCCAGAUGAUAGAUCCGUGGGCUUCCUAAUUCAGCCUGCACCAACCAACCAACCAACUGCUCUACCUGCCUCCGUUAAUCUUGGCGAACCCACCACCCGCACACGUGUGAAUCAACAGCUGACUCUUUCACCCUCCACUGCUGCCCCGCUGCUCACUGCAAUAAACUCCACAUUACAAAAAGAAAAAAGGAUGUGUUUGAGUGAAGAAAAUGAUGCCUGAGUCAUCCUAACAGAUUGAGCGUUACCAUGACCACAAUGUGCGUUCAAUGUUGGAAGACCACUGUAUGACGGCGUCUCCCCGGAGGAGUCCCUGAGCCGCAGUCUGAGGCCACCGGCGAGGCGACGUGGGGAUGAAAAUUGCAAGCUAAAGAAGAGAGCUAACGAGUCAAGAGAUGAAAUAUCUGUUGCUAUCAGCUGUUCCAGUGCCUGCUGUGUUUGUGUCACUGAAGACAAAAUGCAUGUGAAUUCACAGCCACGCCCUGUAGUAAGAUGUAAACACAUAGGUACACACAGGCCUCCAGCUCCCCUAGACAGCAUGUGAAUGACCACAUUGUCCAUUCUGUCAUUCUGUGCAUACGCACGCACGCACGCACACUCGCAACUCACACACACACACACACACACUGUUUGUGUGUUCAGCUCCAGUUGGAUAAAGAACGACUACAAAAAACCCAGCCAAAUAUAUUGUACCGUUGUCAUCUGUGCCCUUUCGUUAUCUUUCCUCCCUCGACCCCUUAUGUCUCUCUCUCUCACUCACACACACACACACACACACACACACACACAACCCCAGGUACCUCUUUCCGUUGAGGAUGGAGAGGUUCAUUUAUCCUAAAGUGCAAUCAGACAGCAACAUAUACAAGGACAACGUUUUGGUGUGUGGUUGCAAUAGGAUUUAAGGUGGAACAAUGACUAUGAGUUUAAAGUACUGAUGCAGGUCUACUUUUAAUUGCAUAACAGAUAAGAGCGAAGCGAUUGACUGUCCCAAAACGUUAGUGUUCUGGAUCGUUCUUCCUGCUCUGAGGUGGUGUUCUCGCCCACAACACGUUUUUUUUUGUUUUUUUUCAGCGAAAAAACAAAAAAGCUGAACAGCAAGCGGACUCAGUGACUAGGAAUCUAGCAUUGUCCAGGAAUUCUUGAAUUCCUCCUUAAACACAAAUGGUGAUUCUAUGCUUGGAGUUUUCCUUUAAAGCUGAAAGAUGGCACUUUUACCACAGUUAUUGUUUCAUUUCUUUGUCAUCGUGCUGCAAUAUUAAAUAAAAUACAAUUUACUGUCCCAAGGCUGAUAGGACUACAUUGUACGCACCUUCUCAUUCUGGUUCAUGACAAUAAAGGCAGAUCGAUAGAAGCUCGCAGGAUGCCAGCGAGUGAGCUCACUAGCAAGCAAACAUGUGAGUGUCCUUUUCUCUCUCACUUCCUCUGUUGUGUGUGUGUACUUCUUGGCGUCCAUACAUAGUGGAGGACAUUGGAGGUGUCUCCCCCCCCUGGACAGGUGUGAAACAAGUCCCCGUGAUGCUUGCUGUCUCACUCAUUAGCUUUCUGUCCACUGGAGUUAGGUGCUGCUGCUCCUCUGCCACUGUGUGUGUUUGGGCCAUAAACUGCGGGUUCAGAAUGAAGAGAAAGAACGAGAGCCCGGGAGGCUGUGCGUGACUGUGCGUGAGUGUGCGUGAGUGUGUGUGUGUAGCCUGGUCCUAGCUAGCGUUGUGCCUCGUAUAUCGACUACACUCCAUUCAGCCACAUGUUCGCACAUCUGCAUGAGGCAGAGUGCAAUCUGACCAGUCGUGCAUUUACUAGGGGUGUCAGAAAUGUAGUUAUUGAAGAUUGUUGUUUUGUCGAUUGUGUGUGUGCACAGAGAGUGAAAUUGUGUGCUUGUUGAGCGUUUGUGUGUUUGUGUGUGUGUGUGUGACAUGUUGAAAUUAGGUGUUUUUUUUUGUUUUUUAUUGCAUGCUCUGGUUCCCUCUCGCUCCUUGUUCUGUUUUUCUGGCCCAGGGUUCUACACCUCAAACUGUCAUUGUUUCCUUGGUGGAAGUGAACAGAACAAAAAGGGAUCGAUGACUACUGGAAAAAAAAAGGACCUCAGAAUAUGACAAACACCGGGUUUUAACAAAAAUAUGAAUGUGGGCGUUGUGUUAAAGGCUGAACGCCCGAUACUACUUACCUAACGUUAGCCUUACUAAUACUCUGACUUGUCAUAUGUCCCUCAGUUUGGCAGUUCUAAGUGUUUAUUUCUGGUCGCCAUGUUGGGCCGGGGGGGGGAGAUUAACAACUUGUCCUCAAGCGUUUCUUUCUCAGAUUGUAUAUCCAUUUUUAAGAUAUAUUAAAGAGAAUAUAAAUGGGGAAAAAGGCAUCCUGUGUG